AUGUCAACUUCGAGUGGUAGUAGUUCCUCCCAAAGCCCCCCGACUAUGGCCUCUAUUAGUGAUGUUAGCGCAUUAUUUCAAACAGCAAAAAAAUACGAAGAGCUCAAUGUUAUCGGAACAGGUGCAUAUGGUACUGUAUACAAAGCUAGAGAUCUUCAUAAUGGUGGUCAGAUAGUUGCGAUGAAGAAAGUCAAAGUAGCAUUAACUGAAGAUGGUAUACCUUUAUCUACAUUGAGGGAGAUUGCCUUGCUACGACAACUGGAGGCAUAUAGACACCCUAAUAUAGUCAGGCUUCUGGAUGUAUGUCACGGAGGCCAAUCAUCAGAGCGUGAUCACCAAUUAGUGUUGUUCUUAGUCUUCGAGCAUGUUGAGCAAGACCUGGACUCAUUCCUAAAGCGAGCACCGGGACCGCUGUCCGAGAACAGAAUAAGAAGCAUGUCAUAUGACAUUCUGUCCGGAGUAGAUUUCCUCCACUCACACCGUAUCGUGCACCGUGACUUGAAGCCUCACAACCUGCUAGUUACCUCAAACGGUCGCGUUAAACUGGCUGACUUCGGACUGGCUAAGACUUAUGAUACAGAAAUGAAGCUGACCAGUGUGGUGGUGACCCUAUGGUACCGCCCCCCCGAGGUGCUCCUAGGCCUCUCAUACAACACAGCUGUGGACGUGUGGUCCGCAGGCGCUGUUCUGGCUCAGCUCCACACUAGGACUCCGCUACUGCCUGCUAGCUGCGAUUCUGAACAGCUGCAUGCUAUAUUCAGACUGAUAGGCCGUCCACCUCGAGAGGAGUGGCCGGCUGGUGUGUGCAUCAUGGCUGAGAGCUUCCCCGACUACCCUCCCAAGGACCUGGCCUCCGUCUUGCCCAGGGUACAUCCCCACGCACUGGACCUCAUUAAGGGUAUGCUAGUCUUCGAUCCGGCCAAACGUCUCACAGCCUUGGACUGCCUCGAGCAUCCAUACUUCACUGAAGAACCCCUCAACUAG